AUGGAAGAGGAUCUGAGUGAUUGGGGUCUUCUUAGCAUUGCAGACAUACUAGACUUUGAUUUUCUUCGCAAAAAUGAAGCCUUAUCAAGUAUCGUUAUCACUCUUAAGGAUUGUGAAAUACCUUUGCUUCCAUGCGAACCGUCUUAUGCUGUAAAGUAUGUCCAGAUGUUGAUAAAAAACUCCAAGUACAACGCAGAGAAUCGACAUAGUAAUUUUGAAGAAAUGGAUAGGUUUCGUUCUAUUAAACUCAAAAGAUCUCUUGCUGCAUCUGAGCUUAUUCGCGAAAGGCUUUUGGGAGCAAUAGAAUCAUUUGCCUUAACAGUACAAAAGGAGACCCAUAAACCAAGUUUUCUCCAGAGUGUGGUUCAUCUAGGAUCUAUUGUUUGCCCCGCUAUUGGUUCUUUUUGUGAUGCUCUUAUUGAGGGUGCAGAGGCAAUGGCUUUGAGAGGUGUUUCCUCCAAAAAGGACAUUGGUUCAUGUGUGGAGGUUCUUCAGCUCUUUAGGUCUCGUAUAGACAUCUCCGUAUUGAAAGAAGAGCAAAAGCGAAGACUAUUUUUUGCCGAGUUUUCGUUGGCAUUACGCUCUGAAAGACUCGGUGUUGUCGUGAAUUGUCUUCUACAAAAAUCAACUAAGGAUGCAUUACGAGGAAAAUAUUGUCCUCCACUCUUAGAGCAUCGUGUAAGUUUUGUAAAGGCAAAAACCGAUGGUUUUCUGACAAGAACUUGUGAGUUGCCCUUCCCUAUUCACUCAGCUCAGGUGAAUUGUUUUCCAAGCGAUGAGAAACUCGUUGUGUGUAGUGGGAAUAGAGGUUGUGUAUUCGAUCAAUUAGGGAUGAUGGGAACUCGAUUUAAGCUUAGGGAAGAGUUUGAAGUGUCCAUUGAAAAAAACACGCGAAUUAUUCUCUGUAAUGAGAAGGAACUGUUUCUAGCCAAUCGAAUACCAUCUGCGUUGGGAAAUAUUUGUUACUCUAUUCAAAAGUUGGAUUGUGUAUCUGGAAGGCUCCUGAAAAAAACAAAGAUUUUAUUUCUUUUUGAUGACUGUUUGGUUGCUUCACGUGAUGUUGUUUUCGAUAUUUAUGGUUCUAUACUUAGUUGUCUUGUGUGCAGUGAGUCGUCGCGGAUAUCAAACAGUAAGUGUCAUUUAAUUCAAAAAGAUCUGGAUAUUAUAUUUUCAGUUGAUAAUCAUCAGUUUCAUGUAACAUCUCAGUGCGUACUGACGCGAGGUCAGGGAUUAUGGCAUUCGACAAAAAAAUGUUACUACUUUAGUAAGGGGAAUGCGCUAUCAAUUGGUCGUGUGACGUUAAAAGAAAAUUUUCAUCCUUUUACGUUGGAAAUGUGGGUUUAUCCAUGCAAUGCAUUGGAAAAUCAAAGUGUUCUUUCACUCGGGGACAAGAGUCUGGAUGAGGUUUUAAUUGAAAUUGAGCCUACCCCAGAGGGUGUUUUAUGGCGUGGUGGCUCCAGAACUCCUCAUCUUGGGGCUUCAUUUGUAACGUUUUCAGUUCCCGGAAAAUUGGCAUUUUGUCAGCGUUGGUGGCAUGUGGCACUUUUAUUUAAAGGUAAUUCUUGGGAACUAUGGGUUAAUGACGCUAUUGUCUCUCGAGCGCCGGCACUUGUUUCUCCAGAGGCUUUGAUAGAUGUUGAAUGUGUUUUGGGAAAAAGCUUUGUGGGAUGUUUAGCCGAAGUGCGCAUAUGGAACUGUUGCCGCACCCCUGUUCAGCUUGCCAGAGAUAGCAGACGCUCUCUUACAACAAUAGAGCCUACACUUUUUGGAUACUUUCCACUCGAUGAGAGUGAGGGAGACGUUAUCGCGGACUAUGCCUCAAAUGGUUCUCAUGCACUUUUGCAUCAUGGACAAGCGACAUGGUUAUUGGUUGAUCAUUUUCCUAUUUUUCCACUAAAUAUUGUACGCUGCAUUGAUGAUUUUGCACCCAUUGCUUGGCGAGAGUCUUCGGGUAUUCUCUUUUUGUCAAGUUGUCCAGGAUAUAUUGCUCUUGCUGUACCGACAGAAGGGCCUUCUCUUACCAUUUGUGAGUACACAACAUACGAUUUCAGACUGGUAUUUCAGGCAAGGGUGGAGCUUCCUAUCCGUACUCCACUCAAAGGUAUGGCAUAUAAUGCACUGCGACAUUCUUUAGUUUGUUAUGCUUCAACAGCAGAGCAUCCCAAGCGAUUGUUGAUUUGGGAAUUACACCAACAACAUUAUUUCCCAUUUUUAAGAAAGGAUGCAUAUGAUAAUAUUUUAGAGUGUGAGAGGGAUCUAUUGACACAGUGUGCAAUGUAUGCAAAGCGUCUUGUAGGAGCUGAAAGAUGUUUGGUGGACCAAUUGUCAUGGUCCGUCCAGGUACCAGGGCUCGUUGUGGACACAUCAGAUGGAUUAAUCUCGAGUUUGCUUAGAUUUAUUCAUAUUGUAUGGAUGGAUCAAAAAGAUCAUGAAUACACCAGGCAGUUAUAUGCACUGCUGCAUGCAAAUUUGCUCUGCCGAGUUGAAAAUCAACGAGAAGGGUUAAUGAAAGAAAUUGGAGAUUUGUUUCCUGACGCCCAAGCUCUUAUCAACGCAGCUCAAGAGUGUGGUGAGGCACCAAAUGCAAGAGCAGAACUACUACGACUUUCUUUUCAAGAAUCAUUUUUUGAUUCAGGUCUUCUCUCUAUGACAUGUCGUUGUUUGCUUUCCGAAAAGAGUCGCCUUGCUUUUCUUAAGAAUCAGGCUGGCCGAGGGCGACUUACGGAGAUGAAGGAUAUGCUUUUUCGCUCCCUACUUGAAUAUUAUGGAUCAUUACAGGCAUCGAGUCUGCUGCUUAACAACGCCGAGAAUGCUCAACUGUUCUGUUCUUCUUUGAUGGCUGAGGAGGUGUUUCAGGUGGACCGUUGGUUGGGAGGAAAUGGGAAGGCUCUGGAGGCCACAAAGCGGACGAGUCACUCUCUUGAAGUUUUUCAAGAAAUUCUCCUGGCCAGGGUAGUGGAGAAGUCUCAAGGGGAGUUUUGUACGUUUUUGACCACGUACGCGAAAUUACUCCUACGAACAAGCGAAAGGAUUAUGGAGAUGUUUUCAAAGGCACUUCGAAAAAAUCCCGAGCUCUAUCUUGGUAACUUGAUCACCUGCAUUGAAUUUAGUGCUGUUGGGGCUUUAUUGCCAUCAUUCACUGUUGCCCUUCCAUUAUUGCCCACAAUUAUUCAGGCAGCCUGUCUCCCUUUUUUGAAGAGUUGUCGCGAGGCAUUGUUCACCCUUACAGAUACUAUUCCUCGAAGUGAAAAAUUACCAUAUGAGCUUGGUGUGGCACUGACCUCAGCUUUGUGUCGAAUUGGAUGUUCAUUACUUGUCUCCUCAGAUGUGGUGACGUCUGAGGUAGAGCUGAAGUAUUUGCAUUUAUUAUGGGGCGGGAUUCGUAAAUCUGGAUCUGAGCGAGAUGCCAUCAUCAAAAAUUUACAACAAGGUGUGGGGUCUAUCUCACGCGUAGUUGAUGAACUUCAUAAAGAUGAUCCGGGAGCAUUAAUUGUUCUUCGAGAUGACCGAUUGGUGAAAUUGGAACGACUUCUUAUGGCAGCAUUUUGUGCGUUACUGAUCCCAACGGAAUCCCUGAGGCACGCGACAAAACAAACCUUGGCACCGAUGUUUCGCUACAUCCAUAAUAUGCGAGCUUUGGUGCUUUCAAAGCGUCAGGAAAACCGAGAGUCGCUUGAUGUUCUGGAGGAAAGGGCCAAGCUUUUGGCUCGUUUUGAACCCAUAUGUGGCGUCCGAACGGAAGAACCGCCUCAAAUCAAGACUUCCACAAGAGAUACGAGCCCACAACGAAAAUGGAAGCGUUUUUUUCAGACCUGGAAGGCGCUGCGAGUUUUGAAAACCAAAAUGCCUCAGCAACGAGAGACAGAGUCGGGUGAACCAGGGGCUGUUAUUUUACAAUUUCUCUGGGAUAAGAAUCUGGAACGUGAAAGUGUCGAACGUCUUGUUGUGCAACAAACUCAGAGAGCGCAUUACAGAUUGUCUGGAAUGUUAUUGCUGCGACAAUUAAUUGAAGAGACAAGGGCAAGUGAUACUCUGGCACGAAUUGUUCUGCCUGUUUUGGCAAAGACCUUCACAGGAUGGCACUACUCGGAUGACGUACAGUGUUGUUCAAAGGGAGAUUUUCUUCGACUCCAUGGCGCUUUCUUUCAGCUAUUGGAACUUGUAGUAUUCAAUGUGAAAAGUGGGGUACGUGACGUGUGGGCCGAUGUUUUUUUGUCUUUACUAACGUCCGAACUCCGAGUAAUUGAUUUUCGGAGAGUGAGAAGCGAUGUGACAACGACACUUUGUUUUUUGUGGAAAUUUGAGAAUCGGAAAACCACUGGAAUACCACAUUUGAAUGGUAGUAUACCUGAAAGUAUGCGCAACACGUUACUUUCUCCGAGUGGGGCUGCACCAACCUUAGUUAUAGGCCGUUCUGGUUUUACUAUGAAGGGCCUUGGAGGAAGAGGCACUUGUGUGGUUUCUUCUGAAUGGUCUUUGGGUAAAAAAAAUGUUCCUUAUUACUUUGAAGUACUCAUUGUAGAUAUGUAUCCUGGGGGAAGUUGCUGCGUUGGUUUAGGACCAUCGGAUUACAGUGUUUCACGGUUACCUGGAUGGGAUAGUGAAUCCUAUGCUCUUCAAAGCGAAGAGGGCACACUUCAUGAGAGCAAUACGCUUGGCCGGCCAAUAGGUUGCACCUUUUGCAUAGGUGAUGUUAUGGGGUGUGGAUGGAACACAGAAACAAGGGAGAUUUAUUGGACCAAAAACGGAAAGGAUAUUGUCGCUUCGGUGGAAGUUUUACAGCAUCAAUUACAUCCAUUGAUUGGAAUGUGCGGAAAGGGGCUUAUCAAGGUGAAUUUUGGGGCAGAGAGAUUUUUGUUUGAUAAAGUACCUGGAAUUAAAUCAAUACGACGUCCAUUGGGCGAAAAUGCAUGGGAUGUUUUCCGUGUAUUUUCUCUUCGAGCAUCUCUUGGUCUUGUCGAAUCGUGUAGUGGUUUGCGGACCCAUAGCGCGGACUCAAUAGAAGGAUUAAGGGCAGUUGUUGAGCAGUGCAUUGAAUGCAGCUGUGCAGAGAUGGAACGUACACUAUUCCUCUCCAUGUCAGAGUCAUUUGUCAUAUCCUUGUCUUCUCAUUUAAUAACCUUGGCAAAGGUGCUUGUGUCUGCAAAGGAUGAUGAACUGACACCCUGUGUGCAACGUGUGGUCAUGGUCUUACAGAGAAUAACCCAUCACACUCUUCAGGGUGCUGCCUGGAGUUCCAAAUUGCGUUGUGUACUUCUCAAAACAUGGUUUACCUUUAUGAAUCUGGUAAAUCCAAACACGAUUACAGAGGAUGACAAAUUACCCGGAUUCCUUGAUACACUCUUGGCAGUGGGACGGGAGAUUGAGUGGGCCGUGUUGCAGUGCCCAGGAGCUUCGUCUGAAUCACGCCCAGCCGUUGAGGCAUGGACGGCUCUCGCCUUUCUGCAGUAUAUGAAUUCUGAUGAUCCACCGCAUCGCUGGAGGGAGGAGUUACAUAAAUGGAUCAUGCAAAAUCUUGAAGGAACUAAGGAUAAAGUAAACACUUCUUUGGCGCUACGAAUUUUAUUUGGGGCACCAAGACUUUUGGUGCCUGGAGAUCGUGUCGUUGUGCAGAAGUCGCGCCAUACAAAAUUAACGGCGAUAUUGAUUGACUACUCGCUUGAUGACGAAACAUGUGAAAUAAUUGAGAAUGAAGAAAGGCGACAAACCAUUUCAUUGCGUCAGACUGAUAUCACCACGGAAGACGAUGCGGUCACUUUUCCUCAAACAGGCAAUAAAUUCCAUGAAAGGCAAAUGCAUCAGGUUUUAUGCUUGGCAGAGCGAAUCUGGAGUGAUACUACAGUAGAUAACGGGUUAACGGGAACAACCCUCCGAUGCAAAAUUCUUUCAAUACUUUGGCGAUGUGUACGAAAGGGGGUUCUUGUUGCUCCGAGUGAGAUUCUUCCAAUCCUGGCGAAAUUCUGCGAUAAUGGCGAAAACUUUUCGGAGGAACACACGGUGUUGGCUCAGGAGAGGCUGGUGAUUGAACAUUGCCUUCUUGGACGGGCCUUAAGUGGGAGUACAGGAGGCGGUAACGCUGUUGAUAACGUGGUAGUUGGCGGUAAUGACAACAGGGAAUCAAGAACACGCCUUGCACAGGAGUUAUCCAUGCGCGGUUACAAUCUUGACCUCUGUUUUUUGGCUUUAGACGAGACGAACAAUGAUAUUCAGCUGGCACUUCAGCUACUUGGGGAUCAUCAUGGAGAUUUUAUGUCAGCGCGACGUCGCACGGCAUCUUCUUCCAGUGAAGACGAGGACAUGACUAGCGAUGACGCUGAAAUGGAUGCUGCUGAAUACGAUCUUCACGUUUUGUUUCCCGCUGAAAGCGAGGACGGCAUGGAUGAGGACGUUUCUGUGGAUCACUGUGAUCCAUCAUUGAGUGAGGGGAUCCGUUUUCUUGGGGGUUAUAUAUGCGUUACAGGGGAACGUCCUUUGGGGCAUAAAUUUACGCUUGAUAUGCACCUGUAUUUAUUUGAAAGUUCAGCAAUGCAAGUCGUGCUUCAUCAAAAAGCCAUCACAGGAGGAUGGAGGCUUGUGGCGCAUAUUCAAAAUUCCUUCUUCUACUGUGGCUGGAUGAGGGUCGGGGAUAGUGUUUCAUCACUCUGCAAGUUUCCUAUUCAGUAUACAGAUACUUUGCGUUGGAUACAAUUGACAAUGGUACAGGACGGAACAACAUUUUCUCUUUACAAGGGCGGUGUUUUUCAGUCUGAGAUGAUAUUUACUCAUAGAUGUGCGUUACUCGAAAAUGAGCUUUUCUUUGGUGGCUCGUCGGAGAGUGAUGAUACUCAUUUCAAUGGAGGUAUGAAGAGUGUUCAGAUGUUUGCAACCGCCUUAACAAAGGAAGAAGUGAAUAAUUUGGUCUCUAUGAAGACAGCGGACAUCGUUUCUCAUCACUUUCUCAUCCUGGAGUGUGCGAGUGACAACAUUAAGGCCAUCUCAAGAGGCACGGCGUAUAACGCAAAUGUGACCGUAAUGGGGGCUGUGACUUGGUUUGAACAGUCCGAGGUGGGUGGACGACCCAAUGAUUUUUGUCAACACGAGAUUGAUUUCACUACUCAAAAUGGCGAGGAUGGCAUUUUUACGGUGGAUACCGCAAAUGAAUCCAGCAGCUUCACUACCCUCUGGCGAAGACGGAAGGACCAACGAAAAGAUCACCUCCUGGCAUCCAUUAUUAAGCUUGACAGACAACUUGCAUGUUAUUAUGCGGUAGCCAUCCUGACACAGAUGAUGUGCCUUACACCAAAUGUAGCGAUUUUUUUUACGAGGGAGCAAGUACGCAAUAUGGUGCGAUUAACUCUGAAUUCACUUGAUGCAGACCUUUUAGAGUCACUUACAGCGACUUUAAAGAAAUUGUCAGGAAGCAAAGAUGGCAAUUUGGUCAAUUACGCAAUAGAAGAACUUGUCGAGGUUGUGCAGCGGGAGCAGAAGAUGUUGGUAUUUGAGUCUUCACACCCUUUUAAAUCUACAUCCGAAACGGCUCACGAGGUUUAUGUCCCUGGUCGACGAGCCUAUGAGCUUUACUUUGAUUCGCGAUGCUCUUCAAGUAGUGUACUUGUCACGCUUUACUCUGAUCAUACACUUUCUAGUAUUAUUGCACAAACCCCUGGGUACGCAUUGAAUACUCUAUUAAUUCGUGCACCACGCUUCUUUUUUGAUGUUCGAAUGGAUGCUACGACUCCGCAAUGGGGAUACAAAGUCGCUGUUUUGUAUGAUGCAUCCGUACCGCGGUCUGCAUCUCGACUGCUCCGCUCUACAUUGUCUGCGGUGAUUUCACGGGGAAUUUCGAAUGUGGAAUUCCUGAAAACAAGUGUUUGUCUUGAAGGCCUGGCAAAUGCUAGCAGAAUGAAUAUUGGUACUACCCGUCGCAUAAUUUUGUCAUGUUUAACAGAUCUUUUUAUUCACGGGGCAGAGCACAUUGAACCUAUGCCUCAUGUGGCUCGUAUGCACGACCUUCGACGCAUGGCUGAACGCCUUUUUCGGCGAACGAUAGGUUCACAACACUUGCAAAGCCGCUUCGUCCAGUCUGUGGCUGAGUUUUAUGUUGCCCUCAAGGAUGCAGAGCAUUGUUGGCGGGUUAUUGGGGAUGAACGGGUCAGGGUUUUUGAUGAAGUAUAUGACGCUGCUGUUGAUACGGAAUCUUUUAUGCAGAAAAGACUUGAGCAACGCAAUUUGUAUAGGCGUAGAGAGGGGAUGCGCGUGACCAUUGAAAAAGUUUUUCAUCCGGAAAGUCUUCGUAUAGGCGUUAACCCUAACAAAACAAUACUGGCCUGGAGUGAGCGUUCAGGAAGUUCUGUUGUUGCAGAUGUUCCACUGGGAUCUGGAAGGUGGUAUUUUGAGGUGCGUAUGAUGGCAACGGGGGAUGUGUUUAUAGGCGUGCUCCCAUCCCGUCUUCAUGACUGGGCAGAUGCACCAGCCCUUGAAACAUAUUUGGCGUUUAAUGGCAAAACAGGCGUUUUCCAUGGGGUGAAUGACCCCACGGUAGCACCUCGCCGCAUUUGGAAGGCCAAGGACUACGUUGGAGUCGUAUUUGAUGGUGUGGAGAAGAAGUGUUCAUUUUUUGUUAAUGGAUAUGAAACAGGUCUUUCAUUUUGCUUUGCUGAAAAUGGGGCAGAGGCUGUUUCUGCCGCCGGCGCUCACCUUCAAGAUGAACUGGACAUGUCUUAUUAUCCCUUUUUUGUACUUGAAGAGGAAGAGGGGAUUACCAUCAACUUUGGCGGGGCCCAUUUUGAGUUUGAAUCUCCUCGGGACUGUUUUCCCCUCGAUCCAGCGAAUUUGACUCUUGGAACUCUCAUUCCCUACAACCAGCUUCGUGCUUUUCACGAUCUUGCCACAUACAUUGCUUCUGCUGGGCGUACUUCGUUACCAACAUUUUUUCAUGAGGAAGCGAACCCUUUCGAUGGCUCAACGGAAAGAUUUGGACCCCCUCAUGUUUCCUUGCUUUCCUCCGUGGGGGUACAAAUAAAUUUACUGCUUGUACGAAACACGGGAACUCGAUUUGCAACAGUGAGGGCGAACUGCCGUGUUUCAGGAGGAAAAUGGUAUUAUGAGGUGACAUUACGUUCACAGGGGCUUAUUCAGAUUGGAUGGGCUUCAUCUGAUGAGCCACAAAAAGGAGGUGUUGGUGACACAUCUACGUCAUGGUCGAUUGAUCUCUUUCGACGCCUUAAAUGGCAUGAUGGAAAGUCUGAGCCCCUUACAGCUUCACGUCGUUGGGUGGUGGGGGAUAUCAUUGGUUGUGCACUAGAUCUUGUGGAGAGGAAAAUGUUAUUUUUGUGCAAUGGCCGACCUCUAUGCGACAAUACACUAAACGAUAGCACGUUUGCAGGGCUACCAACUACGCUUACCUACGAACCUGCAGUCUCCCUUCGGGCCGGGAAUGAAGUGUUAUUUAAUUUUGGCUCUUCCAGUUUCAAGUACAAACCGGAGGGAUUUUGUGCGUUGGGUGUUCCCGAUUCCUGGAAUGAACGGAUGGACGCAUUUUACUCUACUCUUCGACCAUCUACAACGUUAUUGCGUUUACGGGUCUUGCGUGACAUGUGGCUUUCCGCGGAUGACUUGGCAAUAAGUGAUAAACUGAAGCCCUAUUUUUUUGUUGUGGACGCUAUACAGCAAUAUUGCCGACGGGAGGGCAAGAGUUUUGCACAGAUAACAGAAGAAGUGUGCACAGAAAUCUUUCGAGAUCUUCCCAUUUCCGCUCAGGAGGCAUGGAAAGCAUACAUGGUCCUGGUUGCCUUUUCUCGAGUUUCUCAGGCCGUUAUACCAUUUCUUCAUCUCGAUACUCGACAUCCCAAUAUAUCUACGAAACUUUUUUUAGCGUGCCGCGGUCUUCUUUUUGCGUCCCUUCGGAACGAAAUGGUAGAUGACAUUCUUCGAGUGACAAAUGUUCGUUCUGAAAAUCUUCGAGUGUCUAUUAAUCGACUGAAGGCUCGAGCAAAUAAGAAUUCAUGGAUGUCAUCCGUUUUUGGUCAAACUUUUUCUUUACUAGCAGAUCAGCAUCCGCGGAUAUUUCGUACAAACAAAAGAUUUUGGGGUGUUGUGUUUCUUGGUGAAGGUUCAGAGGACGUUGGUGGCCCUUUCCGAGAGCACAUUGGUGAAAUGUGUCGUGAACUUAUGAGCACAGCAUUGCCUCUUUUUGUUCCUACAGCGAACAAUGUACAUAAUACAGGCACGUAUCGCGAUGCCUUUGUACCUGCCGCAUCUGCAAUAGGAACGGCUGAGUUGGCGGCAUUCGUGUUUAUCGGUCAGUUAAUGGGUGGGGCCAUGCGAAGUAAUGAGCCUUUAAGUCUUUUUUUUCCUCCCAUUAUCUGGAAGUUUCUCUGCUUUUAUCCCAUUGAGGAGUCCGAUGUCGAUGAUGUGGAUCGCAUUUGCCUGCAAUGCAUUCGGGAAUUUCGAGGUUUGAGAAACCGUGUAGGUUCCGGCGACAUGUUUGAUGAGGUAUUUGAUGCGGAGACCUUUACAACGCGUCUCAGUGACGGGUCUGUGAAGGAGUUGAUACCUGGCGGAAGUAGCAAGCGCGUGACUUUGGAGCGGUGUGAAGAAUACGCGGAUGCUCUUUCUUCUGCACGAAUUGGUGAGUACACGCGGCAGCUUGAGAAGAUACGAGACGGUUUAAUGAAUGUGAUUCCAGAGACUGUGCUUUGCCUGUUGACCCCGAGCGAGCUGGAGUUUCGCAUCUGCGGCAAGCCGGAUUACAGUGUGGGGGAGUUGCGAGAGGGGGCCGUGUACGAAGGUCUUACAAGCGAUGACAGACGGGUGCAAUUUUUGUGGCAGGCACUGGAAGAGGCGACGCCGUUGCAACGCCGAUUAUUCCUGCGGUUUGUUUCCGGGCGUGACAGACUACCUGUCAAGCUGCGUGUCCUACCGCUCUCCUCUCCAGGCGAUGCGGACAGUGUGCUGCCCCGCGCAGCCACCUGUUUUUUCGCUUUGGAGCUCCCUGACUACUCCUCUGUUGAGGUGUUGAAGGCUAAAUUGUAUUACAGCAUUGAGAACUGCGCCGACAUUGACACUGACUUCAACCCACGGGAGGUGGAUGAAAGUGAGUCGCCGCAACUCAUGGUGGGGCUGGAAGAUACGCGGCAGGAGGAGGUGGACUCGACCACGUUAAGUGACUGA